CUCCAGGUCCUGGGCAGCUGCGAGCGGAGCGCCCCCCCGUGCGGCCCCGGGGAGCUUCCGAGAGAAGGGGGUCUUUUAGCGGGACCCCAAAGGACGAGGACAGAAGCUGGGGCAGAGGGGACAGCUUGCGCCCGGUCCCGCGGGUGCCAGUGGGCCGCAGAGAGAGACCCUCGGGCGCAGGUGCCGAGAACUUCGAGGAGGGGCUCCGGGGGGGCCCAGGGCGCAGAGCCUGAGUCCUGAAGGCGCCGUGGGGUUUCCGAGGGGCCCACACGCUGGGGCCUGCUGCUGUCACCCAGGGCAGGGGGGCCAGGGCCGGGCGCUGCUUGCAGGCCUUGCCCCGGGUCGUGUGGGGUCCAGUCCGGCAGUCUCCUGCUGGCCCUGCCACGGUGGUGGGUCAUUCUCCAGAGGUCUCGUGGGCUGGAGCCGGGCUGGAAGCGCCCUGCACACACACACAGCGACAGGGAAAGCGGAACCUAAGAACGUAGGCUGAGGGGAUCCCGCAGCAGAGUGAGCGGACCGGACGCCCCAGCGAUGACCAGGGUCGUCUACAACGGCAAGAGGAACAGCAGCCCCCGCUCGCCCCCCAGCGGCGGCGAGAUCUUCACCCCGGCCCACGAGGAGAACGUGCGCUUCAUCUACGAAGCCUGGCAGGGCGUGGAGCGGGACCUCCGGAGCCAGGUCUCGGGCAGCGAGCGGGGCCUGGUGGAGGAGUACGUGGAGAAGGUGCCGAACCCCAGCCUGAAGACCUUCAAGCCCAUCGACCUGAGCGACCUGAAGCGCCGCAGCACGCAGGAUGCCAAGAAGUCCUAGAGCCCCCGCGGGCGCCGCCGCGGCCUCCGGGAGAUCCCGGCGCGGCCUGACGCCGGUCCGCCCCCCUGCGGGCCGAGUUCCUGGCAGGGGGGGCGGGGCCGUGCGCCCAGGGGGCCACGGGCCCCAGGACCAGGACAGCGAGAUGGCGGCGGGUGGCCGUGGCCUGGCUCUCCUCCCCCAGCCCCCUCCUCCCCUCUUGGCGGGCUCCGCUGCCAGACACCGGGAGGGUCUGGGCCCUGCCGGCCCCUGAGCCCUCCUGGGCCCAGCUGCCUGGGUGUCUCUGCGGCCCCUGGCCCUGCCUGCCCCCAAGGACUCGACCCUGAUCCCUCUGCCCUUUCCUCUUCCCUACCGCCCCCCUGACCCCUGGCCACCUCCAGGGUCAGGACAGCGAUGAGGGGCCGCUGUGGCCUGUGGGCCCGUGGGGCUGUGGCCCGAGUGCCACGCUUGUCCCCGAGGAGGCAGGAAGGCAGGGCGGGGCAGCCCCGCCCACUGUUGGCGGGGGCCUGUCACCUCGCUGCUGCUCUGGCCUGGACACGGGGAAGCGUGUGGGCCUCCCCACCCCCCGGUUCGGCCUGGCCCCUUCCUUCCUGCAUUAGCUCCCGGGCGGCACCGGCUACCAGCCUGGGACACCUCGGGCACCACCACGGGGUCCUGGGCACCCAGGCUGGGCCCUUGGUGUCCGCAGCCCCCUGGGGCAAGACUGUGCAGGGGCCUGGCGGGGUCACCGGGGCCCUAUCCCCGUGGCUGGAGCCUGGGACUGGAGAAUAAAGGCGGGCAGCCCUG